UGUAGUUUUCAUAUUUUUGCUAACUGCUCGACACAGGUAACUCGAUCUUCAUUCGUUAGAUUCCCUCACAUACCUACAGUUGUUCUUAACGUUUAACAUUCUCGUUUACCGCAGUAUACUCUCAUUCGAUUUAUAAUGGCAACUAUCAGUUACUACUUUAUUGUUUUAUCUGUCUGUGUUGUCUGUACGUUUGCAGAUGGUAGAUUCAAAAAAGAUGACUUAGCUCUCUAUACAAGAUUUACGGACUCGGGUGCUAUGUUUUUGGUAUCUGAAGACGGUAAAAAUCCGCAAAAUGACUAUCGAAGUACAUGGCCCGGUCAUGGUAAUAAAGAUGCGAUAUUUUUUAUAAAACCACAUCUUCCUGUCUACGAUUAUGUUAUCAAACAGCUCGACGAAAUGGAGAUAGACGAUGAGGAGAAGUACAAAAUUCGUAUGCUUUUUUAUCCAAAUGAUUGGCGCUUUGGAGAAAUUGAAGUAGAGGAAGUACAAACUCCGAUCUAG